GGUUUCGCGGCUGGCUACUUGACGGCCACAGCUUUAUCAUGGUGAUGGGAUUGCUUUUGUCGUGCCCAUUCCCCCUCGCCGCUUCACUCAUCACCACCCUUGAUCCCCUCGCACCAACCCCCAACCCCGCAGCACCCAACCUCACCUCGCCCGGCCCCUUGUUUCUAUUCUGGCUGUUCCGCGGCCUGGACGCUGGACGGGCUGCACCCCAGAGCCGAGCACACGGCAGCCUCGCUGGCAACCGACGCCGCCACGCACCACGUUAUCCGCCAUAUCUUCUACUAAGCCCUAGCCAGCCUGCUGCGUCUGAGUCCGCUUCUGCUGCAUCCAUGUCCCCUUGGUCCCUCCUUCCCAAUCAUCCUCGCUGUUCCCCAAUUGCCGCCGCUGCUCCGUCCUGCCUGUCCUGCUUUCUGUUGCUAUCCUUAUCCUGUCCGCUUCCUCCGUCCUGCACGUGACUUGCAGAGACACAAAAAAAUCUCUGUCCUCCCCCAUCCUGGCCCAGCCUCGCGCAUUGCCCAUGUGAGUUACACAAACUUUCCGGACCACCUGCAUGCCGUCCAGUCGCCUCAAUGGCCUGUUGACGCGAGUAUUCGAGGCUGCUUUUGUCUGAUUGGACGCCACCUGGGUUUAGCAAUACAUGCGCUGACAAGUGUGGUUGGCUCCCAGCCUAGUACAACGCGCACCGCCCCGACUCAGAUCGCUGAUACACGC